GUGCAAGUGCGUUAGCAAGCGGACAUAUUUGACCGGCCGGACCUAAUCCGCUGCUACACCGGACGUAGAAUUUUAGUAUGUCGAAAAGGCGCCGUGUGCAGGACUUGUCGGAUGAAGCAGAAGGAUCGAUUUUCGAUGCAAAGAGCGAAAAAUUCUAUUUCAAUGUUUAUUCGGAUGCAUCUGUACAUGAAAGGAUGCUUGAAGACAUGACAAGAACGAAGGCAUAUCAAGAUGCCAUUUUUAAAUUUUCUGAUGCAAUUAAAGGAAAAGUUGUAGCAGACGUGGGUGCAGGAACUGGUAUUCUCAGUAUGUUCUGUAUUCAAGCUGGUGCCAAGAAAGUCUAUGCUGUGGAGGCGAGUGACAUGGCAGAGCAAGCGAGAGGUGUAAUCAAAGCAAAUGGAAUGUCAGAACAAAUAGAUGUUAUGCAGUGUCUUGUUGAGGAUUGUGAUCUGCCUGAGAUGGUUGAUGUGAUUGUUAGUGAAUGGAUGGGUUGUAUGCUUCUGUAUGAAUCAAUGUGGGUAUCACUUCUUUGUGCGAGAGACAAAUGGCUUAAACCGAAUGGAUUGAUGUGGCCAUCAGUUACUGAACUACAUUUGGCUCCAAUCACCAAUGAAGGAUUGUGGCAGGAAAAGAAGGAAAUCUGGGAUAGUGUAAACGAGAAUUACGGAGUCAACAUGUCAUCUAUGUUUCCAUUUGCUUGGACAUGCUUGUGCAGGUCCGUAAACAUCAUUGUUCUGUCGGCCGAAAAUGUUCUUGCUCGUGGUCACGUGAUAGCAAAAUUUGAUAUGGCAACUGUGAAAAUAUCAGACCUUGAACAUGUUAAAAGUGACUUUUCGUUUGCCAGCAUGGGACGAGGCGUUUUGCAUGGUUUUGCUGCUUGGUUUACUGCCGCAUUUGAUGUCCGACAGAAUGACAGUGAGCUGAAUUCUGUAGUAUUGACCACAUCACCAUACAAUGAGCCAACUCAUUGGGAACAUAGUGUUAUGUAUAUCGAGCAUCCCGUUACCGUCGAUCAAGAUGACAUUAUUAGCGGCAACAUCAAAAUCACAACAAACAAGAAAUACAGCAGAUGGCUGGAUGUGCAGCUGACUUGCAGAGUCAAGGAUAAUCCCGAGUUUGAGCAGAAGUACACAAUGAAUGACUUGUCUUGAUAUUUAUUUGGCUUAAGUGGCUUCUUGGUAUUUAAGCAUGGUGGUCCUUUGAGCUUUAUUAUAUUCAGUUGAGAGAAUUCAACUAUAUUGGAACUCUUUGUGACUUUUGUCUUUUCAAUGUAACCUGCCUGAACAAGGUAGUCCGAGUUAUUGUUUUGUCA